AUGGACAAUUUGGAAAAACAAAUCCCUAGAUUUAUCAACCUCAAUGGAUAUGAAGUUAGGGCCAUCUACAACGGGAAAAAAGAUGUUGGUCGCCCACAAAAACAAAAUAUAACAAGUCAGAAAAUGGGUAACGAGAACGCCAACGAAACAACAAGUGAAAAAGAAGUAGGCCAAUCACUUAAAGAAAUACAAAGUCCUCACGGUAUUAUAACAUCACAGGAAAACUGUGGAGAAAUUGAAUCAAACAAACAUGUCGAGGAAGUAGAAAAACAAACAGUCGAAAUAACUACCGAACCUCAACCAAAAUCAAGUCAAGAAAUAAUAAUUGUAAAUGAAAAAGAAAUAACAACUAAUAGUAAAGAAGAAGCUAGUAAUACUAACAAUAGCGAUAAUGAUGUAGACGGAAGUAAGGGAAACGAUAGUAAUAAAGAUGUUUUGGAUGAAAAUAUCAAUGGAGAUAGUAAUGACAAUAAUAGUGGAGAUGACAAUAAUAGUGGAGAUAGUAAUGACGAUAGUGAUGAUAAUGAUGAAGAAAGUAGUGAAGAAGACGACGUUGAAGUACCUGAGGAAUAUCUUGAUAUGCUCCAUUUAGAAAAAGUAGAUUAUAAUUGGAAAUUAUUUAAAAAUUUCGAUCGUUUAAAUUGCAGUGAUGAGGAACUUAAAAAAUUUAAAGCCUUCAAAAAAUAUGAAUGGAUCCAGUACGAAAGGGCCCAAAAAAUUAUAAAAUGCUUGAAAAUAUACAAAAAAGUGAAGGACAACUUACACCACUCACAUUUCAAAAGAUGGAUUUGGGAGAGAUGUACUCAUAUAAUAUGA